UAAAUCGGAAAUCAAGACUUUUUGGCAGUCAAAAUAUUGUUCUCAAUGGAAAGUCAAUACUGAUGAAGGAUUGCAUCCUCCGCGGCGAUCUGCAUAAUAUUAGGACCGGAAGAUAUUGCGUCGUUGGCGAGCGCACCAUAAUUCGACCUUCCUAUAAGCGAUUCAGUAAGGGGUUCACAUUCUUCUCGGUUCAUAUUGGCGAUCACGUCUUCAUCGAAAAUGUAGGUUUGGUUGCAUUGCACGAGCGGGAAUAGUU